AUGAAUGGGCAUUGUCAUUUUCCAACUUGGAUCGGGCAUUUGAUGUUGUUGUUGGACAUACAUAUUUCUCGAAGUCACGAUUGCUACGCAUCCAUCAUAUCACUGCCUCGUGUUUUUCAUCGUCGUGCUGUCUCCUUGUACGUCGUGUCGUGUCCCUAUCGCGUGCGUUGUCCUCAUUACGCACUCUUAUCACCAACUCCAAUCACCUACACUGGAAGCUGUACACGUUGUCAAGCUUCUCUCAUUUGCAAUACAUUUCUAAAUUGCGAGACGGCAAGUGCUACACCAGUCCUCAUCCCGCGUGAGGCACACACUUCGAAGUCGUCGCCCUCAAAGCAGCUGUCUCGACAUCCUCGCCGAACAGCAGCUACCCACUUAAUCUGUCUUUUCUCUCUUCACUUCUUUGAACAUGCGGCAAUCGUUCCCGAUACCACGACACCGAUUCACGGCAACCAGGCAGCUGACGCUGAGAAAUUUCUGAGCCCGAUCUCUAGCUUAUGCUACAAUGGGCGAAUAACUUUUUGGAAAGAGCAUGGGAGGCACAGGUGCGAAGUGUCAACGGCUUUGGAAGAGGGUGGAUUCGAGCAGAAUUGGGCAACGAGAAGGAGCAUGAAGAGAUUCGGGGAUGAUAUGCGGAUGCUGGGUGCAGAUCAGGACAUGUUAUGA